UGGUGGCGGGUGCCGGCCCCAUGGCCCACGAGCUGCAGCACCCCGAGUUCGCGCGCGCAGGCCAGCGGGCCGGGCUGCAGGUCUGGAGGGUGGAGCAGCUGCAGCUGGUGCCGGUGCCCGAGGGCGCCUACGGCGACUUCUACGUCGGGGAUGCCUACCUGGUGCUGCACACGGCCCAGGCCAGCAGGGGCUUCGUCUACCGCCUGCACUUCUGGCUGGGGAAGGAAUGCUCCCAGGAUGAAAGCACAGCGGCCGCCAUCUUCACAGUCCAGAUGGACGACUACUUGGGAGGAAAGCCAGUGCAAAGCAGAGAACUUCAAGGCUAUGAGUCCACUGAUUUUGUGGGCUAUUUCAAAGGAGGUUUGAAGUACAAGGCUGGAGGUGUGGCAUCGGGACUAAAUCAUGUUGUCACCAAUGACCUGACGGCCGAGAGGCUCCUGCACGUGAAGGGUCGGAGGGUGGUCAGGGCCACCGAAGUGCCCCUCAGCUGGACCAGUUUCAACAAGGGCGACUGCUUCAUUGUAGACCUUGGCACUGAAAUUUACCAGUGGUGUGGCUCCUCGUGCAACAAAUACGAGCGUCUGAAGGCAAGCCAGGUUGCCAUUGGCAUUCGGGACAACGAAAGGAAGGGAAGGUCUCAGCUGACUGUGGUGGAAGAAGGAAGUGAGCCCGAGGAGCUUCUGAAGGUUUUAGGGGAAAAGCCGGAACUUCCGGAUGGCGACAACGAUGAGGAUGACAUCGCGGACAUCACCAACAGGAAGAUGGCAAAGCUCUACAUGGUUUCAGAUGCAAGCGGGUCCAUGCAGGUGACGGUGGUGGCGGAGGAAAACCCCUUCUCCAUGGCAAUGCUGCUUUCAGAAGAGUGUUUCAUCUUGGACCACGGUGCUGCAAAAGAAAUUUUCGUUUGGAAAGGCAAAGAUGCUAAUCCACAGGAGAGAAAGACUGCAAUGAAGACUGCCGAGGAAUUUCUACAGCAAAUGAAUUAUUCAGCCAAUACCCAAAUUCAGGUUCUGCCAGAAGGAGGUGAAACGCCAAUCUUCAAACAGUUUUUCAAGGACUGGAGAGAUAAAGAUCAGAGCGAAGGCUUUGGGAAAGUGUACAUCACUGAGAAGGUGGCUCAAAUACAACAGAUCCCAUUUGAUGCCUCAAAACUCCACACUUCUCCACAGAUGGCAGCUCAGCACAACAUGGUGGAUGAUGGCUCUGGCAAUGUAGAGAUUUGGCGUGUGGAAAACAACGGGAGGGUCCAGAUUGACCCAAACUCCUAUGGAGAGUUCUACGGCGGUGACUGCUACAUUAUCCUCUACACUUAUCCCCGGGGACAAAUUAUCUACACAUGGCAAGGAGCGAAUGCCACAAGAGAUGAGCUGACAACCUCUGCAUUCCUGACUGUGCAGUUGGAUCGGUCCCUUGGAGGAGAGCCUGUGCAGGUCCGGGUCUCCCAAGGCAAAGAGCCUGCUCACCUGCUCAGUUUGUUUAAAGAAAAGCCGCUCAUUAUCUACAAGAACGGGACAUCCAAGGAAGGCGGCCAGGCACCUGCUCCCCCCACGCGCCUCUUUCAAGUGCGGAGGAACCUGGCCUCCAUCACCAGGAUUGUGGAGGUUGAUGUGGAUGCAGGUUCGUUGAAUUCCAAUGAUGCUUUUGUUCUGAAGCUGCCAAACGACAGUGGCUACAUCUGGGUAGGAAGAGGCUCCAGCCAGGAGGAGGAGAGUGGAGCCGAGUACGUGGCAGACGUGCUCAAGUGCAGAACUGAGAGGAUCCAGGAAGGCGAGGAGCCAGAGGAGUUCUGGAACUCCCUUGGGGGGAGAAAAGAGUACCAGACCUCACCACUGCUGGAAACGCAAGUUGAAGACCAUCCACCUCGGCUCUACGGCUGCUCCAACAAGACAGGAAGAUUCAUUAUUGAAGAGGUUCCAGGCGAGUUCACCCAGGAUGACCUGGCAGAAGAUGAUGUCAUGCUACUUGAUGCUUGGGAACAGAUAUUUAUUUGGAUUGGAAAAGAUGCCAAUGAAGUUGAGAAAUCUGAAUCCCUGAAGUCUGCCAAAACAUACCUUGAAACAGACCCUUCUGGAAGAGACAAGAGGACACCAAUUGUCAUUGUAAAACAGGGCCAUGAGCCACCUACAUUCACAGGCUGGUUCCUAGGCUGGGAUUCCAGCAGGUGGUAAACUAAGUUUCAUUAAAAAAAAAAAAAAAAAAAUCAGGCCACACUGGGACAGUUGUCCCCUUAGUGUUUGGGGGCUUGUUUACUUCUUGCUUUUCUGGCUUUAUAAAAUUAACCUCAGCCCAAUGGCUAUUUUUCUUUAAUGCCAAAUAUUGGUCAGAAAUUCUUUUUUGAGAAGGAAUUUCCUUAUGUUACUCUGCUUAUUGUAGUCAGCUUCACAUUGCUGAGAUGAACCUCCAGACCAGACACAAUUUAUGGGAGGAAGGGAUUUAUUUCAGGCUUACUGACCCACGGGAAUUUCCAUAAUGGCAGAGAAAGCUUGCUCCCUUUCACAGAGCCACUGAGCGAGAGAAGAAACCACCAGCAACACCACCAAAAGCAAGCACCCUCGGACAACCACAGGCAGAGCUCAAGCACUCUGCACACCUUGAGGCUAGAAUUCUGACCCGCCCCAUAAAACCUUAGGACUAGACCCUAAGAUCUGCCCACAGUGACAGGUCUUCUAGCCCGGAGGAUAGCGAUUCAAGUUAUAGCUUUAAUAAAACAUUGGAGUCUAUUGGGGGACAAAGAUUCAAACUACCACAAAGCUGAAAGAACCUAAACUUUUGUUGUGGAUCAAUAUUAGCUAUCCUGGAAAAGGACAUACUCCUUUGUGCAUGGCCUUCUCAAAGUAGAAGACCAUAGUGUCUGGGGAAUUUGUGUGCAGAAAGGAUUGUUAGAAAUGAGCAACCACUAGCCAAACUCAUUAUGCAGUCUGCCAGAGAGGAAAGCCAUGAUGCUUUGGAGUCUUCUCUCUCAUCUGUGUUGUGUCUCCAAAGAACUAUGUGCUCACUGUGAGGUUCCUGUUAUAUGAGUCCACGUGACUUUGAUGCCAUUUAUUCUGAGGGCUAUUUUCUAAGAGGAAUUUCUUUUACCUUUAUGCGAACUUUUUAAAAUCACAACUCUUUCCUGAGAAGUCAAAUUAUAUUCUUACCAGUCUAGCUUUGAACACUUGACUGGACAGUUUGAAUAUUAUAAAAGAUAAACUUUGCAAAUGCUUUCUUUCAUUAUUAAAGUAUAUCUCUUUUUGAAAA